UCCUCGUCUGAUGAGUCCUCUGACGGGGCCAUGACACUGGCAACCAUUUCAAGUUUUGGUAUGCCCCCAACAGCCAUUUUUUGUUAUGUCAUGUCCCUUAUUUUGUGACUGGCAUCCACACCACUUUCUCAAAUUCCGAAUGUGACUAUUGCCCUUAAAAUGUUGCCGACUCCUGGAAUUAGCUUGAUUCAAAACUAGGAUUUUUAAUACCUAGAAAAAUAACUUCUUGGUUGCUGUUGCCACCAUGGCCAGGGUCUGGAUGCAGAAGAUAAAUUCAAAGUAGAAGAUGCAAUAGCCAAACUACUGAGAAGGCUCACAAAUUAGAAGGAACGGGUGAGUUCAGAAAAAGAAAGCAUGACAAUUUCCCUCAUGGUCAUCGGAGAGAAGAAAAAGACAGCAUUCAUUCUUCUUCAGCUGUGACUAUGUCCUUUAAAUCAUUCCAGCUGGAGCUUGAUACAAGACAUGAUAAAUAUGAGAGGCUUGUGAAACUUAGUCGUGAUAUAACUAUUGAAAGUAAAAGGACCAUAUUCUUACUCCAUAGGAUUACCAGUGCUCCUAAUGGGGAGGAAAUAUUAAUGGAAUCUGAGGCCAAAUUAGAUCUUGUGAGACAGAAGAUAAAGCAAGUGGCACAAGAACUGAUGGGAGAAGAUAUGUAUCAGUUUCACAGAGCUAUCUCUCCAGGUCUUCAGGAAUAUGUGGAAGCUGUUUCAUUCCAGUAUUUUAUCAAAACCCGGUCAUUAAUUAGCAUAGAGGAGAUCAAUAGACAACUGAUAUUUACAGAAGAAGAUAAAGAAGAAGAAACAAAGCCAUCUUCUGAUUGUGAAAACAACCAACAUCACAUUUGGAGCCUGAAGGUGACUCCUGUUGAUUACCUCUUGGGAGUGGCUGAUCUAACUGGAGAGCUGAUGCGGAUGUGCAUCAACAGCGUUGGCAACGGUGACAUCGAUACCCCAUUUGAGCUAAGCCAGUUCCUGCGUCAGAUCUAUGAUGGCUUUUCCUAUAUUGGCAACACUGGACCAUAUGAAGUUUCUAAAAAACUCUAUACCUUGAAACAGAGUCUGGCCAAAGUGGAGAAUGCCUGUUACACGUUAAAAGUCAGGGGAUCUGAGAUACCAAAGCAUAUGUUAGCUGAUGUAUUUUCCAGCAAAACAGAAAUAAUUGACCAAGAAGAUGGGCUUUCCUAAAAUACUUGGAAACCUCAUGACCCAGAAGGGAGAGGGACUGCAGAAUUGGAAGAAAGCAUUUCCUUUCUUAGCAUUUGCUUAUUAGAAUGUUUCUUUGAAGAAGCCAUUUCUUUUAAAUUUAGUAAUGUUUUAGAGUCAAAUAAAGUAGAAUAAUAUGUAUGAAAAGUUCCUUAUAUAAUGGCUUAACAAGUUGAUCAGCUUCAUGGGUCAGUGAGAGAUCUACUUUUCAAUGCUAUUUGCUGUCACAAUUGUCACUGCUUAUAUUCUAUAUUUUAGUGUUGUAAACCCACCUUAGUAACUGAGACCAGGUAUCAGUGAAGACUUGGUGUAUAUACUCAAGUGUUGUAACAUUUUUCUUAUUUCUCUUGUUGAGUUUCACUAUUGAAUAGUCUGUAUCUUUGAUGAUUGAGAGAGAAAAUUUGGUAUUAGAAUCAACAUGGUGACUUUCAAAGGAUUGAAAAAAAUGGAGAGUAUUUGAGUGGGAGAUGUACCUUGGAGAAGCUAAUGAACUAAGCUUAUACCUUACCUUGAGCCCUUAAUGUACCUGUUUGAACAUCCUGCCUUAAUGCUGGCUUUCUGUUACCUAGUUAGUUUAUAUGCAAGAAUGUGAAAAUGACACCAAAUAGAACAAGGUUGCAAAAGCUGUAAUAGUUUGUUUAUGUCAGUUCUGAAUAAUAUCAGUGUAUACAAACUGUUAAUGUACAUUUCCAUGGAAUACAGUACAGUUAACAGUUGCCAUUGCCUUGUUUAAAGAGAUGAAGUUUUCACUGGUCACAAAGUAUACUAAUUAUUUGAAGAUUACUAUUUAUUUUAGCUCAUUGUAUCACUGAGCAGUGAUAAACAAGAAUUGCUGGAGGAUUGUUAUUGACAGUUUUUGUCUAACUUGCAUCAGUGCUUAUGACUAGUUCAUGCUUCUUAGGGCUGCUUCGUGUAUCACCAGAUUACCAAGAUCAUAUCUGGCAGGGAAUUGAGCAGUUUCCAUAUGUAGUUUGUAAUGUUGUGAUUCUACAUGAAAAUGUCUGCAUGUUCAUAUGCUGGAAAACUGCUGUUAGCAGCAGCUUGUCAGUGUGUGUACACACAAGAAUUUACACUCACAGAUUUCCCAACCCAUUAUGAGCUAUACAAGGUAAUCAUACUUUUUUAUACAGGAAUGUUAUAAUUUAUGAAGAAACCCUUAAAUACACAGAAGGGAGAUUGAAUACAUAGAAGGGAAUUUGAAAGGAGGUGAUCAAGGAGGAUUUGAUCUGGCACAUUUGAAAGAAAAACGAAGACAAAUAUCAAAAGCAAAAAUGAAACAACAUACCAGUAUAUGUAAAACAAGUACCCAGGCCUGUGCAUCAUUUGUGUUCGUAAUCAGUAGAGUAUGAUACCAGUGGUAGGUGAGUUCCAUGACACUCUAAAAUUAAGACAGUCUUGAUCUCUCUUCUUGAUUAUAUACUUUGGCUUGAAUCCUAACUUCCCUUCUGUGAACAGAAGUUAUACUUAAGGAACAGGACAUUCCUGCUUUCUCUUGCUAGCCCCCUGUGUCCUCUGGAAGUCUGCUCCUAAGCAUUGAGGGACCUUUAAGAAUGGUGUGGGAUAUGUUGUGAGGGACUGCAGAUAGAAGGGAACGUCAGGAGAAAUCACCACCCCCUUAUGCAAAUGGAAGAGCAACUUAGGAUCCAAACCAUUGUGUUGGGGGAAGAGAAUGGGAGAUAAAAUUUAUAUAUUAAAAUGUAUUUUAAAGUAUUAGAGGAAUACACAGCCCUCCCCAUAUCUGUAUGGCAAAUACUCGGCAUGGCAUGGUUUCAGAAGUAUGAUAUAAGAGCAAAUAUUUGUCCUUGGUAAUCAUCAGUUUUUCCCAUUCUGUAGUAAAAGUUUCAAAGUAAUGUGUCCCACCCCCAUUAUUGAAUGUAAUGAAUGUUGGUGUCUCUACUUUUUUAUACAAUAAACUAAUGAAACGA